UGACCCCAAACAUAUUUAUUAGGUCACUAGCACACUAUGUAACUAAUAAUGCUAUGUAUGUUUUUUGUCAUGUUUCAAAUUGUAGGGUACCUGAAGCAGAAGAUAAAGAGAAGGAUAAUAACACCAACCAAUAUCCCAACAAAUGAGGCAAGUAAUGAUGAAAGUGCCCAUUAUACAGAGAUAACUGGAGAGGAUUACAGACGGACCACAUUGCAAGAAAACAAUAGUCGGAUUAUUUCAACAGUCAAUAUAAUUGGUGUUGAAAAUACAGAUACAGUCCCGCAGUUUUCAGAACAUUCAUCAGCAUCAUCCGAGAAUAACACAAAUAGUUCAGAAAAUUAUGAUGAUUGGAUGAUAACAACAACAAAUGUCCCAACAACCGAGGCCAGUAGUGAUGAAAGUGCUCAUUAUACAGAGAUAAAUGGAGAUGAUAACAGACGCAUCACAUUGCAAAGUACAAUUAGAGAAAAUGAAAACGAUAAUCCGAUUAGUUCAACGGUCAAUAUUAUUGGUGUUGAAAAUACAAAUACAGCCCCGCAGUCCUCGGGACAUUCAUCAGCAUCAUCCGACAAUUACAUAGACACUUCAGAAAAUUAUGAUGAUGGUUACGAAAAACCAUACACAACACUGGUGGUACAAAAUCAUGCUGACGACCCACAUGUUUAUCUCACUACAAAUAAAUUCGGCAUCUAUGAAAAUUCAACACCGUUUGAGAAAGUAGCUUGUGGACGUUCUUUUGAAUUAAGAAAUGAUGAUACACCAACGGUUGAAACAAACCCACAUGUUUAUGAAAAUAACGACCAAGAAAAUACGAAUCUGAGUUAUAUUGAUAACGACUUCGACAAAAAGGACAAUGAUUUUCACAGGUCACACAUUGAUCAACGGAAAAAUGAGGCAGAAUAUAUUAACUUGAUGCUGAAAUAAUAAGAUAAAGUUUUAGAAUUCAGAUUUCAAUUUUUAGUAGACUUGUACUACAUAACAUAAGAUUAUUAAUAAAUGUGGUCCUUGUA